AUGGUCCAUCCACCCUGCUGCGAGAAUGCAUAUAAUCUCCGGAUGCAAAGCCCUCCGCUGCGCCCACUCUUUUCCAGAGCUCAUGCCAGAAUGGGCAAUGCGAAGGCAUUGCAAUUCCGCCGGACCCUACCUCCCGCCGCUCUGAUCAUACUGGGUGUUGGUGGGUUAACCUAUGUCAAUGGCGAAUAUAGUAGGAGGUCACGGCUUCUUGGCCAAGGGGCUUAUUAUUCCAGUGCGACAAAUCGGCCUGCUACCUCUGAAGACCCGGAGAAGAGCAACCCCGCCGAGUUAGGUCGCAAUGAAACCACGCGCACGACGCGUAAAUCCGACGAACUCGGACCAAUUUGGGCUAAGAUUCUGUGCAAACUUGAAGAAGUCAAGGGCUCUGUGAGCCCACCGGAAUGGUACGAAAUUGGGAGUAUCAAGGAUUAUAUAAUACCGGAUUGGACCCGACUGCUCCCGGUAAGGGCGCAGAAACUCCAACGGGAGCUCUCAAUGGCACCUGGCUCCCUUGCGGAUGAAAUUUGGAAAGAAUCUCGCGAUGUGGAUGCCAACCCGGAGAUACUAUGGGAAGCGACGGUGCGUGUUGGGGACACUCUAUGUGAUGAGGAGUUGAAAUUUAGACACAAAAGACAAAGGCAAACAGUUAAAGCACUUGCGUCAUAUUUGAACAUUAAGGAGAAAGAAAUCCAUCCAGAUGAUGUUCCAAUCAUUGCAAUGUGCGGUUCUGGAGGAGGCCUACGAGCUCUUGUUGCGGGAACGGGAUCAUACCUCGCCGCGCGUGAAGCUGGCCUGUGGGACUGUGUCACAUAUACAGCUGGGGUUAGUGGCAGUUGUUGGCUACAAGCUCUGUAUCAUUCAUCCUUUACGGAUCACAACUUCGACAAAUUGAUCAAUCACCUCAAGAAUCGGCUGGGCGUGCACCUGGCUUUUCCACCCAAGGCUCUCAGUUUGUUGACGAACGCUCCUACGAACAAAUACCUUUUGCGCGGAUUGGUUGAGAAGCUGAAGGGCGACCCGCUUGCUGAAUUUGGCCUGGUGGACAUAUAUGGGGUCUUGUUAGCUGCGAGACUGCUCGUACCGCGUGGGGAACUCUGGGUAUCAGACGAUGAUCUCAAAUUGUCAAACCAGAAGUACAAUCUCGACACUGGUCAGCAUCCGCUCCCUAUUUACACCGCCGUCCGCCAUGAGAUACCUGUGGUCAAAAGGCAAGACCAUCAUGACUCUCAACCGCUCCCGAUGACUGAGAAAUUUCUCAGAGAAUCUAGAAGCGAGGCAUGGUUCCAGUGGUUUGAAUUCACCCCUUACGAGUUUUUUUGCGAGGAACUCAAUGCAGGGAUACCAACCUGGGCUUUGGGAAGGCAUUUCAAUGAGGGCAGAAGUACUGUCUCUCCUGGACAGUUACCACUUCCGGAGCUGCGACUACCAACACUGAUGGGAAUCUGGGGAAGUGCGUUUUGUGCUACGCUUUCCCAUUACUAUAAGGAGAUUCGACCCCUUUUGAAGGGAAUUGCUGGCUUUAGUGGUAUCGAUUCUCUGAUCGAGGGAAGGACCAAGGAUCUGAUCCGAGUGCACCCCAUUGAUCCCGCAGCCAUACCAAACUAUGUCAUGGGAAUGAAAGACAAACUGCCUCCCUCGUGUCCUGAAUCAAUUUUUAAGAACGAUCAUCUACGGCUCAUGGAUUCAGGAAUGAGCAACAAUUUACCUAUAUACCCGCUUCUCCGGCCGGGACGAGGUGUCGACAUCAUCGUCACUUUCGACGCUUCUGCCGACAUCAAACGCGAGAACUGGCUCUCCGUGGUAGACGGAUAUGCGCGACAACGGGGCAUCAAAGGAUGGCCCAUUGGCGCCGGUUGGCCAAGGGAGGAUACCAAAACCGAAGAGACCGAGCAAGCCUUGCGGGAAACGCAGGAUAUCUCCAAUAAAGACCUAAGCGAGAAAAUCACAACUGCCCAGAAGAAGAGCCCGCAUGAUCAAGGUCGUACUCUAGCUAUGUCCAAGACAACAGAGGCCAAUCAAAAACCCCUGACAGCAGGAGAGCGAGCUGCUCCCCAGGAUACUGAUCUGACCUACUGUAAUGUAUGGGUUGGCACAAAGCAGGAGAGAAUAUCCGGGGACGAACCACCACCGUCAAAGCGUUUAUUCCAUCCCCAACAUGCGGACCACUCAAAUUCGGAUUUCCUCCUCAUGCGGCCCGAUGCAGGCAUCGCCGUGGUGUACUUCCCAUUACUUCCCAAUCCAGCUGCUCCAGACCUCCCUCAAACCUCAUCCUUGUCCAAACAUUCAACACCAUCUCGACAAUCCGAGUCAACUUCCUCUGCUAAUGUGUCAGAUCCUAUACGGCCCCUCUCGCCCUAUCCUAGUUCCAUUGACCCAGACGUUGACGAUUUUCUGUCAACGUGGAACUUCGUCUACACGCCCGAGCAGAUCGAUGCUGUGGUCGGACUUGCCAAAGCCAAUUUUGCCCAGGGUGAAGAGCAGGUGAAACGUGUGGUACGUGCAGUUUAUGAGCGUAAGAAACGAGAUCGACUGCGCCGAGAGAUGGGAAUUGAGCAGAGAAGCAGAAGGUUAUAG